CCUCUGGAUUAGAUAGUGAGGAGCAAAAUGGAUUCCUUGGCUCAAGCUGUUGCAGAAGAAAUGAAGAAACAAUAUCAGAAUGAGUUGGGGCCUCAGCCUGUUCCACUAACUGUUACUGGAGAAGUAAUUGAUGAAGAAGAUAAAUACUUCAUUGAAGCAGAUGAAGGAAAUGAGGACGAAACUAAUGAGGAGAAUUUAAGUGACAAUGAGGGUGUAGCAAUGGAGAAAAAGUCUUCCAAAACAAAAAGGGUGACCCGAGUUGAGUUGAAUAAGAGAGCUCGACGAAAAGAACAACAAAAAAAAGAGGUAGAAAUGAAAAGGACAGAGGAACUUUCCAAAGAAAUUGAUUGCUUGCCAGAUAUCUUAGAAGAAAUAGCCAAAGAGGAUGAGGAGAAGCAGAAUAGACAUCUUUGACAGGUAACAGCUAAGCAGGAAAGACUAAAGAUUUAUCCACCACGCCUGGGAAAGUACAAGUGUUGUUAUCUGAAGAAAUCACCCGAUCUCUCUGGAAGCUUAAGGGCGGCUGCACACUUGCAAGAGAUAGGUUUAAGAGCUUAGAGAAGAGAGGGCUUAUAGUACCAACAGCCAAGAGCGGAAGGAAAUAGAGAGCAGUGACCCUUUAAUGAGGAUUCAGUAGGCCAACUGUGUAGGUUUUUCAGCUAGAGAGAUAAGGGAGCUCUCUUGAUUCCCCUGCAAUGAAUGCAGUCACCUAUUUGGAAAGUUUUAGGGGCUUUAUUACAGUUAUGUCCAUUUACCUUUAUUUGCUACAGUGUAGUGUAACCUAAUACACCUGCAGUGAUAAUUAGCAACUAAUUAAGGAUUGAAGUUGCUGUUUGCCACAAAUAUUUGAAAUGAUAAUCUUGCAGUGUGGACUCUUAACCUUUGGUUUA